CACGCAAGCAAACAGCAGCAGCAUCAUCAGCAGCAGCAUCAGCAGCAUCGUCAACCAAACGCGCUCAAAGCCUCCUCUCGCUCCGCUCGCUCGAGCCGCACACGAACAGCGAGUCAUGACCGCUCGCUCCGAGUUGAUGGUCGGCCGGUUUUAGUCGAAGCGCCCCGAAGGAGAGAGCGAAGAGAACGGAGUGGGUGGGUCGGUAGGAGGGCGGUGGGUGGAGAGAAGCUGCUUGCUUUCUGAGUCUUGAGACUCGCCGACGAGACGAGGAGAGGAGAGGGAGAGAGAGAGAAGCCACCACAGUAGCCCUUCGGCCAAAAGUCUCCAAACUAAAAAAAAGAGAGCCACAUUCGCCUUCUGGUUGUCCCCCCUCCCCCCAAGCUCGAUCAACGCUUCUUCUCUCCGCACGAAGCCUCUGCUGGGUUGAAUUUUCGCGGACAUUGACUUAACAACUCGAGACAUGUUAGUCCACAGUUACAAAGCCAUGGACCGGCACGAGGUGCCGAGCGGCCACGGAGCCAGCCGACUCACGCAGCUCGGAGCCAUCAGCCAGUCGCCGUACCAGGCGCCUCCGCUGUCUCACACUCCCAACCCGGAGUUCCAGCCUCCCUACUUCCCGCCUCCCUACCAGCCGCUGCCCUACCACCAGUCGCAGGACCCUUACUCGCACGUGGCCGACCCCUACCUGAACGUCCUCCACCAGCAGCAACAGAGUCCCUGGCAGCAGCGGCAUGGAGGCGACAUGCGUGGAGACUCGGGGCUCUUGGCUCAGCACCGCGGGCUGCCGCAGCUCAGCGCCGGCCUGGAGCCGCAUCGGCGCGGCGACUUCCCGUCGGUGCGGCGGCCCGAAGCGCUUCACGGAGGGCAGUCGAUGGAGUCCGGCCUCGACGGCUUGCAGCUCGCCGGAUUAGGGCACCACGGCAUCGACGAGGUUCAGGUUGACGAUCCGAAUAACAUAAACAUUAUGGAGCCGUCAGUCAUUAAAAAAGUGCCCUGCGCAUCGCAAAGGGACAGUUGGUACCCAAUUGUUUUAAGCGCCUGGGUGCAGAGCGCCGGCACCGGGGACUCGAAACCCCGACCAACCGAGUACAGCCCGGACACUCUAACCUCAAGGUCAUUAGCGUCCGUGGCGUCGGGCAAACCCUACGGGGGGGUGCCCGCGGGGCUGGUGUCCAGCAAGGACGGCCUCAUGAACCCCAGCAUCUCCAACCCCAACGAGAUCUUCUGCUCGGUGCCCGGUCGUCUCUCGCUGCUCAGCUCCACGUCCAAGUACAAGGUCACCGUGGGCGAGGUGCAGCGUCGUCUGUCUCCUCCCGAGUGCCUCAACGCGUCCCUCCUGGGCGGAGUGCUGCGCAGGGCAAAGUCGAAGAACGGUGGAAGAUCAUUACGGGAAAAAUUGGACAAAAUCGGUCUGAAUCUGCCGGCGGGGCGACGCAAGGCCGCCAACGUCACUUUGCUCACCUCCUUGGUGGAGGGAGAAGCAGUGCACCUCGCCCGGGAUUUUGGAUUUGUUUGCGAGACAGAAUUCCCCGCUAAGGCCGCAGCGGACUUUCUAAAUCGCCAGCACUCGGACCCAGGAGAUCUGCACAGUCGCAAGAACAUGCUCCUGGCCACAAAGCAAAUCUGUAAAGAGUUCAUGGACCUGUUGACACAGGACCGUUCCCCGCUGGGCAACACGCGACCUCCCCCCAUCCUGGAGCCGGGCAUUCAGAGCUGCCUAACGCACUUCAGCCUCAUCACGCACGGCUUCGGCAGCCCCGCCAUCUGCGCAGCGAUGACCGCCCUGCAGAACUACCUGAACGAGUCUCUGAAGGCCAUGGACAAGAUGUACCUGAACAGCUCCAGCAACAGUCACAGUAAUGCGGAGAACUCGGGCAAAGCGAGCGACAAAGACGAGAAGCACCGAAAGUGAUGAUGCUGGAGGGGGCUGGGAGGUGGAGAAGGAGGUGGUGGUGGUGGUGGAGGAGGAGGAGGAGGAGAGUGUGGAGGAUGAAAGUCGUCGUCGCGUGUGCAAGGAGGAUAACACAAACAAAGCAAGCUCUAUCCGUGACAUCGGGCAAGGAAGGACGCUCUGAAACCGGGACUCUGUUCACCUUCCAGUGGUUUCAGUUUAUAGCCGCGUUGUCUCAAAUUUAGGAGAGGGGGGAAAAAACAACACCACUAAAAGGCAGCGAACGAAAUAAUAAGCGGAAGAAGACCACGGAGAGAGAAAGAGCCGCCUACGAAUACGCGAUUCAAUCGCUGUUGAAGAGGGUUUCUCUUCGUCCAACCCCCCCCCCUCCCUUAUUAUUUCCCCCGUGCCACGGGUCAACGGUCCUCAAUGCAUUCUAAUUGUGUCGCCCGUGUUAAACAGACUGCCCCAAAUUGUUAGCGGUUAAUUCUCCAGCUGAGUGCGUCGUAGCCUCCAGUGCUGUGCCGACUCGCACAUUGGACAGGUCCGAGUCUCGGCGCUUUCGCUCGAUUUAGGAUAUAAUUUCGACGGGA